AGUGACUUCCAUGGCCGCAAAGCUUUUACAUUUUCUUGGUUGUUUUGAUACCCUCGUUCUUAAAUAUUCUGUUUUGCUCAGUUUUGUGUUCUUUGUUGAGUAGUACCCAACUGUGCCUUUGCUGUGCUCAUGAUUUAUAGACAGUUUUAUGAUCUUGAUGUAUUUCUUUGAAACUUAUCUGGAUUUGAGGCAACAUGCUGCUCUCAAACUACCAACUCUGCCAAAAACUUUGGAAGGAGUUAUCAGCCAAGAGAAAUUUGAAAAGUCUCGAGCUUAUAGUCUUGAUAAGAGCUAUUUCCAUUUUGUUCAUGAAUUCGUGACUAUACUGAUGGAUUCUGCAAUUUUGAUCUUUGGCAUUUUGCCUUGGUUUUGGACGAAAUCAGGAAAUUUUUUGCUUUUAGUUGGUCUCAAUGCGGAGAAUGAAAUACUGCACACUCUUGCUUUUUUGGCUGGUGUGAUGAUAUGGUCACAGAUCACUGAUUUGCCAUUCUCUCUCUGUUCAACUUUUGUCAUUGAGGCCCGCCAUGGUUUCAAUAAACAAACAAUAUGGUUAUUCUUUAGGGACCUGUUCAAAGGGAUGGGCCUUGCGAUUAUACUGGCUCCACCUAUUGUGUCUGCAAUUAUUGUAAUAGUACAGAAAGGAGGUCCUUAUCUCGCUAUCUAUCUUUGGGCAUUUAUGUUUGUCCUUUCUCUUGUGAUGAUGACACUUUACCCUGUUCUGAUAGCUCCACUCUUUAACAAGUUCACCCCUCUUCCAGAAGGUGAUCUAAGAGAGAAAAUUGAGAAACUUGCAGCCUCGCUCAGCUUCCCUUUAAAGAAAUUGUUUGUUGUUGAUGGAUCCACAAGGUCAAGCCACAGCAAUGCCUAUAUGUAUGGAUUCUAUAAGAACAAGCGUAUAGUCCUCUAUGACACAUUGAUUCAGCAGUGCAAAGAUAAUGAGGAAAUUGUAGCUGUCCUUGCGCACGAACUGGGGCAUUGGAAACUUAACCAUACCAUGUACUCAUUCAUUGCUGUGCAGAUACUUACAUUGUUGCAAUUUGGAGGAUAUACCCUUGUCAGGAAUUCAACUGAUCUCUUUCGAAGUUUUGGGUUUGACACUCAGCCUGUACUCAUUGGCCUCAUCAUAUUUCAGCAUACCGUGAUACCACUCCAGCACCUUGUAAGCUUUGGUCUCAAUCUUGUAAGCCGAUCUUUUGAGUUCCAGGCUGAUGCCUUUGCCAAGAAGCUUGGCUACUCGUCUUCUCUACGUGCCGCACUUGUGAAGCUGCAGGAAGAAAACCUGUCAGCUAUGAAUACAGAUCCAUGGUACUCUGCUUAUCAUUACUCUCAUCCUCCCCUCGUCGAGAGACUGGCUGCCCUUGAUGAAUCUGACAAAAAGGCAGACUGAUCACCAUUAUGGACAGUUUAUAGAGUGCAAACUCUGAAUUUUUUUUUAAAAUUUCACUGUAAUAUGUCUACACCUGUAAUGUUUUCAGCUUACAUUGCCCUGUACCUGAUAUCAAACUUAUAUAACCAUAACUACUAGUCUUUACAAGGAAAAAAAUACUGAAUCGUGCAGAGAGGAAAGAAAGGUACCCGAAACCUUUGAACAAAAGAACACCAUGACGUUAUAUGUUCAAUGUUUUUUUUUUAGUUUUUCGCCCGGUAUCCGAGGUUUU